AUGUUCAGAAGUGUAUUCCGUGUCGCACCAACUUUAACCAGAGUUUCUGGAUUGAGAACUGGAUUUGUCAAGCCAACUUUCAGCUCGGCCUCCAGAUUCUACGCCUCCUCUUCGCUAUCUAAGGAUGAAAUCACAUCUCGUAUUGCUGAUGUUAUUAAGUCGUUUGACAAGACCUCUGCUGCCAGCUCUAUCACAGCCGAAACUCAAUUCUCAAAGGAUUUGGGACUAGAUUCAUUGGAUACCGUGGAGCUAUUGGUUUCCAUUGAAGAAGAAUUCGACAUCGAGUUCCCAGACAAGGUUGCUGACGAAUUGAAGACCGUGGGAGAAACUGUAGAUUACAUUGCCUCCAACCCAGAAGCCAACUAG